CGUCCGGUUGCUAAGCUGCAGCGAGGAGCAGCAGCCCGUCAGCAGCUGAUCCGGUACCGGAGGAGGACUACCGGAGUCUACGCUCAGGUGGAUGAAGAUCAGUGAAAACAGAAGCUGAUGUCUGAACUCACUGAUCCUGACUGACCUUCAUCAGUUCACUUUCACUGUGUCCAGUCUCCCAGUGAGACCAGUAUGACCAGUAUGGCUGCAGCCAACACCACCAAGAUCUCAUGGAGACUGCAGGAGUUCGAGGCUCACUCCAGCACCGUUUCCUGUUUGGCUCUGGGGAAAAGCUCCGGCCGCCUGCUGGCCACAGGAGGGGAGGACUGCAGGGUCAACAUCUGGGCCGUCAGCAAGGCCAACUGCAUCAUGAGUCUGACGGGUCACAAGAACCCGGUGGAGUGUGUCCAGUUCAACAUGUCGGAGGAGCAGGUGGUCGCUGGUUCUCAGUCUGGAUCUAUACGGGUCUGGGACCUGGAGGCUGCUAAGAUUCUAAGAACUUUGAUGGGACACAAAGCCAACAUCACCAGUCUGGCCUUCCACCCGUUUGGAGACUUCCUCGCCUCCAGCUCCAUGGACACCAACAUCAAGCUGUGGGACGUGCGGAGGAAAGGAUAUGUGUUCAGGUACAAGGGUCACACUCAGGCGGUGAGGAGUCUGGCCUUCAGUCCUGAUGGGAAGUGGUUGGCUUCAGCCAGUGACGACUCCACGGUCAAGCUGUGGGACCUGACUCAGGGGAAGAUGAUCACAGAGUUUAACUCUCACACUGCAGCCGUCAACAUCAUCCAGUUCCACCCCAACGAGUACCUGCUGGCCUCAGGCAGCUCCGACAGGACCAUCAAGCUGUGGGAUCUGGAGAAGUUUACGAUGAUCGGCUCGUUGGAGGGAGACACGACUCCCGUCAGGUCUGUGUUCUUCAGCUCGGACGGCUCCUGUCUGUACAGCGGGGCCACCGACUCUCUGCGGAUCUUUGGCUGGGAGCCCGACCGCUGCUUCGACGUGGUACCGGUGGGCUGGGGGAAGGUCUCCGACCUGGCGGUCUGCAACCAGCAGCUGAUCGGCGUGUCUCACCAGCUCUCCAGUGUCUCGUCCUACGUGGUUGAUCUGAAGCGGGUGAAGAAGAGCGGCGGCUCUGUGAUCCAGGGAAUCAUCCAGGACAACCAGCCGCUCACAGAGCCCAGAGACCCCAAAGGAUCCGCCCUGCGCAGGAACUACGAGAGACCCACAACCACCUGCAGCUCACAGAGGGUGAAGCAGAGUUCAGACGCUGAUAGGCGGAGCCCCGAAGGUGAGAGGCGGAGCCCCAGUGAGGACGAGGGGGACGAGAAAGUGUCAUCAGCUGAAAUCCACAACGCAGAAGACUUCAAAGAGAUCUUCCAGCCGAAGAACGCCAUCUCUCGAACUCCUCCCAGGAUCUCGGAGCCCUUCCCUGCUCCUCCAGAGGACGAUACCAUCUUAGCCAUCGGCCGUCAGCUAAAGGACAUGAUAUCUGCUUUUCCUGAAAAACAGCAGGCUCAUCCUCCUCUGGCGUCCUCCACACCUGUCCAGAGGGUGGAGCCUACAGUGGUCUCCUGUGCAAAGCGUCCGGCCCCCUCAGCGGUCGGCCCCCCUUCCUCUAACCCCCCCUCCUCCGUCACGCCUCCUCCUCCUCAGCCUCCCGUCACCACGGUGAAGUCCAGACCACAACCUAAAAUCCUCCUGAGCAGCAGGAACGAGCCCAUCGGGCUCAACGUGGCCGACUUCCUGCCUGCGUCCCCCUCCAUCAGAGGCGGAGCUCUGAGUGAUGACGAGGCUCUGUCUCAGCUGAAGAAGGGUCAUGACACCAUGUCUGUGAUGCUGCGCAGCCGACACAAGAACCUGGAGACGGUCCGGUCCGUCUGGGCCCGAGAGGACAUCAAGAGCGCUCUGGACGCUGCUGUCUCCAUGAAGGACUUGUCCAUCGUUGUGGACAUCCUCAACAUCAUCAACCUCCAGCCGUCGCUGUGGAAACUGGACCUGUGCACCACCAUUCUUCCUCAGAUCGACCAGCUGCUGCACAGCAAAUAUGAGAGCUACAUCCAGACUGGCUGUUCAUCUCUGAAGCUCAUCAUGAGACAUUUCUGGAUGCUGAUCUCAGACACGCUGAAGGCGGCGCCGUCGGUCGGCGUGGACAUCACACGAGAGGAGCGACACCAGAAGUGCAGAACGUGCUGUAAGCAGCUGAAGAACCUGAGCAGUGUGGUGAAGAACAAGGCAGCUCAGGUCGGUCGUCAUGGCAGCGCCUUCAGAGAGCUGCAGCUGCUCAUGACGCCGCUGGACGACUCCCUCUGAGAGGAGGAGGAGGAGGAGGAUCGUAAUGAUGUCAUGAUGAUGUCAUGAUGAUGUCAUGAUGAUCAGCUGCUCUUUAGAAGCUUCACGCGUUUCAUGUGAAUAAAAUCCUCCAGAGACCUCGGUCAUCUUCCUGUUCUCUGAGGAACACAGAAGAAGAAGAAGAUCAGCGACAGUGUUCUUUAAAGUUUCUCUAAGGAACACAGAAGAAGAUCAGUGACAGUGUUCUUUAAAGUUUCUCUAAGGAACACUGAGGAACACAGAAGAAGCAGAAGGAGAUCAGUGACAGUGUUCUUUAAAGGUUCUCUAAGGAACACAGAAGGAGAUCAGUGACGGUGUUCCUUAAAGGUUCUCUAAGGAACACUCUGAGGAACACAGAAGUAGAUCAGUGACAGUGUUCUUUAAAGGUUCUCUGAGGAACACUCUGAGGAACACAGAAGAAGAAGAAGAAGGAGAUCCGUGACAGUGUUCUUUAAAGGUUCUCUAAGGAACACUCUGAGGAACACAGAAGAAGGAGAUCAGGUGGGACUCUGCUGAGCCACUCAACGUCUCCUCUGUCUCUAAAGAUGGAGGACUGAACCAGACUAAGAACCUCCACAGCUGCAGGUGUGGAACAUGAACCUCAGGUGAGCGGUUCUGAGGGUUCUGGAUGCUCUCAGGACGGCUCUCAUCUCACCUGAACAAAACCAUAUCAAAGAGAACCACCUUCCAGACUGGUUUGAAGAAGGUCACAUUGAUCUCUGUCUCCUGAAGCUUUUAGCACCAACAUCACCACCGGCCUCCAGAGUGAAGACCUGGUUCUGUCUGCUGGACUCUGGUCCUCACGUUAACCCGUUAAAGCCUGACCUGGUUCUGUCUGCUGGACUCUGGUCCUCACACCCGUUAAAGCCUGAACUGGUUCCUUUGUUCCAGAGGAAACGUGGGUGCAUUGGUUCUCCUGGAAUAGAGGACUGCAGGUUGUUGAUGAGUAAACAGAUCUUCCAUAUUCAGGCCAUCAUUGAUUUUUCUGGUGAUGUUCUAAUAUUUUCAUGAUGGUUUUCCACUUUCAGACGACUCGUCCUGUUUUCGAAAUGUUCCUUCUGUUUAUUUAAAUAAAGUUGUACAUGUUGGGA